CACCCGGCCGGGCCCGCGGGCAUCUGCUGCGUGUCCCGCUCCGGACUCAGCGCCUCCGCUGUCGCCGGCGCUGCCUCGAUGUUCCAGCUGCCUAUCUUGAAUUUCAGUCCCCAGCAAGUGGCCGGGGUAUGCGAGACUCUAGAGGAGAGCGGCGACGUGGAGCGCCUGGGUCGCUUCCUCUGGUCGCUGCCUGUGGCCCCUGCGGCCUGCGAGGCGCUCAACAAGAAUGAAUCCGUGCUGCGCGCGCGAGCCAUCGUGGCCUUUCACGGUGGCAACUACCGCGAGCUCUACCAUAUCCUGGAAAACCACAAGUUCACCAAGGAGUCGCACGCCAAACUGCAGGCGCUGUGGCUCGAAGCGCAUUACCAGGAGGCUGAGAAGCUGCGUGGACGGCCCUUGGGGCCGGUGGAUAAGUACCGAGUGAGGAAGAAGUUCCCGCUGCCGCGCACCAUCUGGGACGGCGAACAGAAGACACACUGCUUCAAGGAGCGCACGCGGCACCUGCUGCGGGAAUGGUACCUGCAGGACCCCUACCCCAACCCAAGCAAAAAGCGUGAGCUCGCCCAGGCAACCGGACUGACCCCUACGCAGGUGGGCAACUGGUUCAAAAACCGCCGGCAAAGGGAUCGGGCAGCUGCAGCCAAAAACAGACUUCAGCAGCAGGUCCUGUCGCAGGGGUCCGGCCGGACGCUAAGAGCCGAGGAAGAGGGCACGCCCGAGGUGCUGGGUGCUGCCGCCAGCCCGGCCGCCAGCCUGUCCAGCAAGGCAGCCACUUCGGCCAUCUCCAUCACUUCCAGCGACAGCGAGUGCGACAUCUGAGUUGCCCACCGAUUAUACUAAGAAACAGAAUUCGGCGUUUAAAAAACAAAACAAAACAAAACAAAACACGAGACAAAUAAAAUGAAAGAGAGAAAGGAUGAGAGACC